UGAAAGGAGCAAGUUAUGUAUUCGUAUAUAGAUUCGUCGCCUAGUUCUAAAACAAAUAUUUGUGAAAGUUUUUCUUAGUUGGAAAUGGAGCGUGUGGUUGAUUAUAGAACGGCUCAUUGCACUUUCAUUUGGGCCAUCGAAAAUGCUUCUAAAUUACAUCUUUCAAAAUCAUUUCGCAGUCCGAUGUUCACUACGGAUUCUGAAGUAAUGCAGGACACAAAAUGGCAAUUGGUUAUGGAACUUGGAAUUGAAUACAUGACAAUUUUUAUUCGAAGAAUAGAAGAAGAUGAAGGACCAAACAUGAUUGACAUAGAUUAUGAAAUCUCACUGCUUUCCGCUGAAGGCUAUCCUCUGGUCAAGAUGAUGGACAGAAAGCAAUUCAAAAACUCUUCCAAUUACGUAUUGCGUCGAUUUGCGAAAACAGAUGAAGUGUACAAUGUAAGAAAAGACGAGUUUUUGCCUGAAGGCACACUCACGAUUCAAUGUAGAAUAUGGAGGAAGAACCUGGGAAUAUCGAAAGUUGAUUUACAUUACUUUCGCACUAAGAAAAACGCGGAUCGAAUUUCUUUUCUUUGGUCAAUAAAGAAUUUCAGUACUCUUCGGCAAGAUGUAAAAAGGACCCACUAUGUUAAUCCAACUACUGAAAGGGUGCCCCAACUGACUGCAACUUUUUUCUUUGUAAAGAAAAAAGGAAAAGAAUCUUUGUUCAUGAAUUUUGAAUUAGGUGUUGAAUCAAAUCCAAUACAUGGAAGAGUAAGUAUUUUGGAUGCCAACGGAAAAGUGUACCAUACUAUUCAAAUUGAUGAAAGUUUUCAUCGCAACUUUUUUACCAAAAUAGUUUAUCCAAAAAAUAAGAUAAUGGCCAACAAGGAAUCUUUACUACCUAAUGAUGUUCUAACUCUUAAAUGUGAAUUCGAAAUAGACACGGAACUUUUCUGUUCUCAGAUAGAACAGUACAAAGAUUUUGAUUCCUCAAGUUCAGAGUGCAUUACAUUUGGAGUACCUGAAAUCCAAUUCCUUGAUAAACCUGAAAUUUCUUGUACUGCAUCUGCUUUGCAAGCAUUUUUCAUUGGCAACUUCGAAGAUGGAAUGUUCAGUGAUGUGUGUCUUCGAGCUGGUUCCGAAUCCUUCCCAGCUCACAAACUCAUUCUCAGUGCUUUCUCGCCUGUCUUCAGAAGCAUGUUUACCACAGACAUGGCAGAGAAGAAAAACGGAUUUGUCGAUAUAUCUGAUGUAGAUCCAGAGACAUUGCGUCUGUUGCUAUCCCAUAUCUACACCAAUACCUUACCAAGACUUACCAAGAAGAUUGCAUUGGAUUUAUUCAUAGCGGCCGAUAAAUAUGAGAUAAUAGAUUUAAGAGAUAAAUGCUCUGAUUUUUUGAAGUCGAAUCUCACAGUAAGGAAUUGUUGUUCAAUCUUAGCUACGGCGGACAGGCAUCAUGAACAGAAUCUUCGAAUGGCAGUGCAUGGUUUUAUGGUUAAACAUCAAGCUGAAAUUUUUCAAUCUGAUAUGUGGAAAACUUUUAAAAGCGAAAAUUUCUCCCUUGCAACACACACUUUGGAGCAUAUUAUUACUUUGAUGAAAAACACAAAUGAUGAAUGAAUAUUUCAUUAGUGAUAAUAUUAUUUAUAAUCAUACAUAAAAGUGAUGAUUAUAGCAUAUUAUUUAAAGUAAACGUUAUAAAUAUUAUAUCAAUAAUUCAUGUAUAUAAUAAUAACAAUGCUGAUGAAUAUAAUAUAAUUAUAUGUGUGAUUAAUAAUAUCAUGCGUGGUUAACAAUUACAUGUAUUCAUAAUAAUGAUUAGUAAUGGUUAAUAAUAGCGAUAUUCUUAAGAUCCAUUUAUAGGUUCCCUUGUAUUUAAUUAAUUUUUAGUAUAUCUUGCAAUAUAAAAUGAGAAAAUCUUAUUUUAUUUCUGUAGAAUAUAAAAAUAAACUUGAAUCUCCCGCCACUAAAUUUUAAGAGGAAUAAUUUUCUUUUUCUUUUAUAGCUAUAUUUUUCUAUUCUAAGUAAUUUACUUAAUAACCAUACAUUUUGACGUUUUCUUACUAUUUUGUUAUAUAACAUAUUAUUUGCUUCAAACAUUAUAAAUAUUUUAUCAUUAAUUAACAUUUAUGUGAAUAGUAAUAUAUAUAUAUAUAUAUAUAUAUAUGUGUGUGUGCGUGUGUGCGUGUGCGUGUGCGUGUGUGCGUGUGCGCGUGUGUGCGUGAGAGAGAGAGAGAGAGAGUGUGUUUAAUAAUAACAUGCCUGAUUAAUUACAGUGUAUAUAGUGUAUAGUGUAUAAUUCAUAACAAUAUUCUUAAGAUCCUUUUAAGAAUAAUUUAGUUGAUUUCAAUAUCUCUUACAUUUAAAGGGAACAAAUUUUAUUCAAUUAAUGCAGAACAUGCAAAUAAACUUGUGUCUCAUAACAUUAACUUUAUCCAACGAAAUUACAGUGGACGUCCGAAAUUUAAGGAUAAUUUCGUAAUUUAGGGAUUGAUUAAUUACUCCCUCUUUCGUUGAGUGUUUAUUGGUUGAAUACUCGAAGCGCCUGUUUUGUUCAAAAGAUACUUUCGCCCAGAUAUAUCUGGAGGCAGGAAGGUUUUCUGUGAACACUCAAUUGACGUCUAAGAGUGUAUUUGUUUAAUAUGCUUGAUUCCGAAUGAUUUUAUAAUAGGAAUAAGAAGGCUAAAUGUUAAGAUGAAUACUUUUUUUCUUUUUAUACAUGAAUUUACUCUGAAUAAUAUAUUUAUUAACCAUGAAUUUUGAAGAUAUUUUGUUUUCUUAAUAUUUUGUUAUAUAAUUUCUUAUUAAUGAUAAUAAUUGAAAAUUUUAAACAUUAAUUCUAAUUUAUUUAGUGUAAUUUAUUUGAUUAUUUCAUUUCCUUUAAAGAGAAGGAAUUUUACUCAACUGUUAUGUAAGCAAACGUGAAACCAGGUAUCAAUGAUUUCUUAUACAGCAAAUAUUUAUUUUGUCAUUCAUUAUUUGCAUUCAUUUUUGAAAUUGCAAUACAUUUCAUGGUUCUU